AAAACACAUUUUACUGAUGGACAAUUUUUUCGUCCUGUACGGGUAUUUUUCGAAGAAGUGAAACUGUGUAAAAACUGCUGUGUGGAAAAUGCGUUAUAGAAGUUAUGUGGCUUAAUAUUACAGAGAAUUAAAAGUAGCUGAUUGGCGUAACUGAAUUCGAAUUUUUGAAAACAAUUUGCAAUGCAAAAAAGUGAAGUUUGACAAAAGAAAUGUUCUGGCAUGAACAAGUAAAAUUAAUUACAUUUGAAGUGCAAACCAGAGUUUGAAAUUUUGCUCAAAAUUAUUGGCAAACGGAAAACAAAUAAAAUAAUUACACACAUUAUUUGCUGCAGAGUACAUUUAUGGAAAGAAGCGUGCGAAAUUUACUGAACAUUACUUUACGUAUAAAAUUAUGAAAUGUUUUCAAAAUAAAAGUAGGUAAACAUAAAAUUCGUGUGUGAACUGUAGUGAAAUCGUAACUUUUAAAGGUUGAAAUUGGCAGACGGUGUAGGUAUGAAUACAUAUAAAAAUAGAAACACAAAAUAAAGAUAUUAACAACUAUUACCAGUGAAGCUUUUGACCAAAGCAAUCUUCAUAGAUUAGCUGCAAAAUCGGUGCAGUGUGAAAAUUUAAAAAAUACACUUACUACCACUAAAAGUGAACAGAAAACUAUUUUUUUUUUUGAGUGCCACCAAAAUUGUGUUCAAACUUUCUAUAAAAAUAAUACAAUAAACAAAGCAAGUAAAAACCCAGUGACACAAACGCACCGUGCCGUUGCAUAGUGUACGCCAAGCUGCGCUUGCAACAGCCAAACGGCAGCUGGUGAUGAAAUACUAAACCCCGACAUUCACAGUAAUGCCAAGUGAGAAGGGCAAAAGCUAAAGAAACAAAAAAAUAUAUUGACAACGAGCAAGUGUUUUGUUCUUUCGUUGAGCAAGUGAGUGCAGCUGGCCGACAGCCAAGUGAAAAAAUAAAUAAAUCAUUUAUGUAUGUAUUAAAGCCGAUAGAUACUGGAUUAAAAUAAGUGAGGGAGAAGAAAAGAUUUUCUUCCUAAAACUUCGCAAUAAACAAUUUAGCUUGCAUUUUCAAUUGAAAAUUUAAAGAAAAAAAUGCAACGAAGCGCCGCCGGCACAUAUAUGGCCAUUAUGGAGCAAAGCGCGGGGAGCAGCAGGCAGCAGAGGAAGCAGCCGCCAAUUGUCGCCACAACGGCCCCGGCCACCACCGCCACACCAGCGAUAACGGCAACGGCAACGGCAAAGCUAAAAAUACGCACAAAUGCUGCGUCAUUGCUGUUGCGUGGCGGGAUGCUGUUGUUGUUGCUGCUAAUGGCUGGCGACACCGGCAGCGGCUUAACUGGAUCACAGACGUUUGUUGCAGCGCUUAAGGGCGAUAAUCCGCGCAUUAUCGAACAUCCUAUGGAUAUGACAGUGCCAAAAAAUGAUCCCUUCACAUUCAAUUGUAAGGCCGAAGGUGAUCCAACGCCAGCCAUACAAUGGUUCAAGGAUGGUCAUGAAUUGAAAACUGAUACGGGUUCACAUCGGAUAAUGUUGCCAGCUGGCGGUCUGUUCUUUCUGAAGGUGAUCCACUCACGUCGGGAAAGUGAUGCGGGCACGUACUGGUGUGUGGCAAAAAAUGAAUUCGGCGUGGCACGUUCGCGCAAUGCUACGCUACAAGUUGCAUUUCUUCGCGAUGAAUUUCGCCUCGAACCGCAAAAUACGCGCGUCGCUCAAGGCGAAGUGGCGCUGAUGGAGUGUGGCGCGCCGCGUGGUUCACCAGAACCGCAAAUUUCAUGGCGUAAAAAUGGUCAAACAAUGAAUUUGAGUAGCAAUAAGCGUAUACGCAUUGUCGAUGGCGGUAAUCUGGCCAUACAGGAUGCGCGACAAUCGGAUGAUGGCCGUUAUCAGUGCGUUGUGAAGAAUGUGGUGGGGACACGUGAAUCGGCGACGGCCUUUCUAAAAGUGCAUGUUCGUCCAUUUCUCAUACGCGGUCCGCAAAAUCAAACCGCUGUCGUUGGCAGUUCGGUUAUCUUUCAGUGUCGCAUUGGCGGUGAUCCAUUGCCGGAUGUCCUGUGGCGACGCACCGCUUCGGGCGGAAAUAUGCCAUUACGUCGUGUGCACAUCCUUGAAGAUCGUAGCCUUAAAUUGGACGACGUUACGCUGGAGGAUAUGGGCGAGUACAGUUGCGAAGCGGAUAAUGCGGUCGGUUCAAUUACAGCCACGGGCACACUAACCGUUCACGCGCCACCAAAGUUCAACAUUCGCCCCAAAAAUCAACUCGUCGAAGUCGGUGAUGAAGUGCUCUUCGAAUGUCAAGCUAACGGCUAUCCAAAACCCACCCUCUACUGGUCAGUGGAGGGCAACAGUUCGCUGCUCUUACCCGGCUACAAAGAUGGACGCAUUGAGGUAACACUAACACCCGAAGGUCGCUCUGUGUUGUCGAUAUUGCGUUUCGCACGCGAAGAUUCGGGCAAAGUGGUCGUUUGCAAUGCACUGAAUGCGGUUGGCAGCGUCAGCAGUCGUACCGUUGUUACCGUAGACACACAAUUUGAGCUGCCACCACCGAUAAUUGAGUUGGGUCCCGUCAAUCAAACGCUGCCGGUGAAAUCGAUUGUAACGCUGCCGUGUCGCACCAGCGGCACGCCAACACCGCAAGUAUCGUGGUACCUGGAUGGCAUACCUAUCGAUGUGAAUGAGCAUGAGCGGCGUAAUCUCUCCGAAACAGGCACACUUACAAUAGCCGAUCUGCAGCGCAAUGAGGAUGAGGGCCUAUACACUUGCGUGGCUAGCAAUCGGAAUGGCAAAUCAUCGUGGAGCGGUUAUCUACGCUUGGAUACGCCCACUAAUCCGAAUAUUAAAUUCUAUCGCGCGCCCGAACUUUCUACGCACCCAGGUCCGCCGGGUAAGCCGCAGGUGGUGGAUAAGACCGAAGACACAGUCACAUUGUCGUGGACGCGCAGCAAUAAGGUGGGCGCAUCGAGCUUGGUUGGCUAUGUCGUCGAGAUGUUUGGCAAGAAUGAGACAGAUGGCUGGGUGGCGGUGGGUGCGCGCAUACAGAAUACAACCUUCAUGCAGGUGGGGCUCGUAACGGGCGUGAACUACUUUUUUGUGAUACGCGCUGAAAACUCGCACGGUUUAUCGCUACCCAGUCCGAUGUCGGAGCCGAUCAAUGUAGGCAUGCGGUUCUUCAAUAGCGGCUUGGAUUUGAGUGAGGCGCGCGCCAGCCUGCUAUCCGGCGAUGUGGUGGAACUAAUUAACGCGAGCAUUGUGGAUUCGACAAGCAUGAAAUUGACGUGGCAGAUAAUCAACGGCAAAUACGUGGAAGGCUUUUAUAUCUACGCGCGUCAAUUGCCAAAUCCACCAACUGCCACCACCUCAGCGGCGAGUAGCAGCUCAAAUGCCAAUCCAUUGCUAGGCUCACGUAGCGGCAGCUCAUCUUCGUCGUCGUCCCUGUCAUCGUCAGCUGACGCUGCGACGGCCGCAUUGAUUUCGGCGAAGCCAAAUAUUGCCGCUGCCAGACGUGAUGCGGCCGCCAAUAAUGCUGCCUCAUCCACCGCUACCGCUGCCACCACAUAUCGCAUGCUAACGAUCCUGAACGGCGGCGGCGCCUCAUCCUGCACGCUAAGUGGCCUGCUGCAAUAUACGCUGUAUGAAUUUUUCAUUGUACCCUUUUACAAAUCCGUCGAGGGAAAGCCAUCGAAUUCACGUAUUGCGCGCACACUGGAGGAUGUGAUAAAUGAAACACCUUUUGGUAUGGAAGCUGUAUUACUUAACUCUUCGGCAGUUUUCUUGAAAUGGCGUGCGCCACCAAUGAAACCACAGCAUGGCAUUUUACUUUACUAUCACGUGAUUGUGCGUGGCAUUGAUACCGCUCACAAUUUCUCACGUAUACUCACGAAUGUGACCAUAGACUCUGCCUCGCCGACACUGGUGUUGGCCAACUUAACCGAGGGUGUUAUGUAUACAGUGGGCGUGGCAGCUGGUAAUAAUGCGGGAAUUGGACCUUACUGCUCACCGGCUACAUUACGAUUAGAUCCAAUAACUAAACGUUUGGAUCCGUUCAUUAAUCAGCGCUAUCCCAUCAAUCAGGAUCAUGUCGAUGAUGUGCUCACACAGCCUUGGUUCAUCAUACUACUCGGCGCAUUCUUGGCCAUGAUGAUGCUCUCACUCGGCGCUAUGGUGUUCAUCAAACGCAAGCACAUAAUGAUGAAACAGUCCGCGUUGAGUACAAUCAGAGGCGCUCACCCAAAUGAUGUUCUCAAAAUGCCCAGUCUCUCGCGCAAUGGCAAUGGCUAUUGGUUGGAUGCCUCCUCUGGUGGCAUGGUAUGGCGCACAUCACCCUCUGGCGAUACGCUGGACUUGCAAAAGGAUCAAAUCGCCGACUAUGCGCCGGUGUGUCUGACAAACGGCACGGUUGGUGUGAAUGGCGCUGCUGAUGGUGGAACUGGCAGUGGAGCUGGUGAACGCAAUCAACAAAGAUAUGUCGGCGAGUAUUCCAACAUUCCCACCGACUAUGCGGAGGUGUCAAGUUUCGGCAAAGCGCCCAGCGAAUAUGGCUGUGGUGGCAUACAACGGCAUGAGGCAGGCUCGCCAGCACCCUACGCCACAUCGGCCAUAUUGAAUGGUGGCAGUGGUGUGAUUGUUGGUGGUCAGCACCAGCAACAGCCACGUUAUCAGCAACGACCAGGCGAUUUUCGUAUGCAGCAACAGCAACAACAACAGCAGCAGCAGCAGCAAUUUCAACAGCCGCAUCAAAGACCUAUGCAUCCACACUAUCACCAGCAACAACAGCAACAACAGCAACAGCUACAGCAACACCACCAACAACAGCAACAACACUCAAUGGGCAAUAUUUACCAACCCAUGUCGGUGGCCAGUGAAGUCUAUCCGAGCAACAUGAGCAAUCACUCCGCCUAUUCGGAGCAAUAUUACUAUGCCAAGGAGAAGAUUCAUAUCACAGAGAAUAAGUUGAGCGGCUGUCACACCUAUGACACGGCAGGUGAACUGCAACAGCAACAACAACAGCUACAAUUGCAACCUUUGCAUCAGCAAUUUGCCAGCGUUGGCACUUUACGUCGCCAGCUCGGUGGCGGCGGCAGUGGCACUAACAGUGGGCGCUUUAAAGUUAUCAUGCAACAGCAGCAACAACAACAAACACAGCAGCAUAGCCCCAGCAUGAGCGCUGAGAAGUUGCAAUUGCAGAAAUUGAAUGCCUUGAACAACAACAAUCACAACAACGGCAAUGGCAACGAUACGAGCACCACAGAGCUCUCGAAAAAUUUACUUGACCUAGAUGCCGGCUCAUUCUGCUACAAUGGACUCGCGGACUCCGGCUGUGGCGGCUCGCCCUCGCCCAUGGCCAUGCUGAUGUCGCACGAGGACGACCAGGCGCUCUAUCACACAGCUGAUGGGGAGCUGGAUGGCGACAUGGAGCGGUUGUAUGUGAAAGUCGAUGAGGAGCCAAAGCAGCAGCAGCAGCAGCAGCAGCAUCACCAGCAACAACAACAGCAACACUUACUGCCUUUACCGCCAUCAAAUCAAGUGCAUCCCAGCGUAGCCAUAACACUCAGCCCCAACAGCGGCAACAAUUGGCGCACACAAUCACAACAGCAGCAGCAACAACAACAACAACAACAACAACCCUUCGUACGCGCCUCCUAUCGCGCUGGCAGCGGCAGCACUAAUCUCAUGAUGACCAGCAGCGGCAGCAGCGCAGCCAAGAGUAAUAGCAGCAGCAUUGGCGGCAGCAGUUCGCUUAGUUCGUGUUCGGAGAGCGCUGAAGAGCGUCACCAACAACAACAUAAAAUAUUGCAAAAUGGUGAUUGUGAGCUGAUUUAUGCACCCAGCAGCGUGGCAAGUGAACGUAGCUUGCUGAGUAGUGGCAGCGGCAGCGGUUGUGGCAGUGGUGGCAGCAUGUCGGCUCAUCCGCAAGGGCCACAUGUGUGACCGGUCGAACAAUGUGUUAUAGUUGGCAGUGGCAGUGGUGCGGGGUGUGGAGUGGCAUCGAAAGGUGUCGGUGUGGGUUUGAAGAGGUACGGGCUGACGUGCGGCUUGAGCGCUGAUGAAGAAGCGGCGUGCGAUGAAGCGGCACAGGUGGAUUAUUAUACGCGCGAGGUGCAAGAACUGCUGGCGUGGUGUGAGCGUGUAAACAAAGGGCAGCUGGAGUCGAGCGAGUGAGGGGCGAUGGGGUGGAGGGGGGAGGGGAGUGUAAAAAGCAUGGAGGACGUGGUGUGAAUAUAGAAAGAUAAGUACUAUAUAGUUACGUAUGUGUAUGUGUACAUGAAAACUACAUAAAUACAAGCGCUAUGGAAGCGAAGAAGGCGACGCAGUGCCUAAGGCGUUCUGCUUGAGAUUUUCAUUUGUUGAAGCAAGAGUUUAAGAAUUUUUAAUUUUUAAAUUCCAUUAAAAUGUUACUUUCCUUUUUUUUUAAAAAUUUCUGAGGAUUAA